AUGAGAGUUAGACCAAAAGAAAGUGUCAGAACCUGUAAAUUCAUAAGCAGACGCGUCUCAACAACAAGAAAAGCAGCAACCAAUAAGAAACGACAUAUCCUCAACGCAACCCCAGUGGGUUUCUCCAAACAACAAUUGCAUCGAUUUCGAUCUGUGGUGAUGUCUAGAUCUGGUGUCAACAUAACUCUGUUUUGCAAUCGUCGUAGGACCCUGACCGAUAUUACUAAUGCAACUCCUACAAGUGUAUUGGAUUUUGCUCAAAGGAAGUCGAUUAAGAACAGAAUUGCAUAUCAACGACGCAAGGAACGGAGCUCACCGACAACACCUAUUGAAAUUAGUCAGGAGGAUCCAUAUAACUUUGUUUAUAAUGGUAUCCCUAAAGAACAUCGUGUUUUGAAGGUGCAGAAACCAUGUGUUUAUUGUGGAGCAAAACGAUUUCAGUUUGAAUUCCCUACCUUUUGUUGCAUGGAUGGUAAGACAAAGUUAGCACAUUCCUCUAUUCCUGAAGAGCUACUCAAUCUCUUCACAUCCAGAAACGAAUUAGGUAGGACCUUUAGACAAAUGAUACGUUGCUACAACAACAACUUUUCUUUCGCAUCAAUGGGCGUCAAUUAUGAUAAAACAUUGACAAAUAUGACAUCUGGAGUAUACACUUUUUGUGUGAAUGGUGGAGUAUAUCAUAGAAUCGUUCAGUUAUUUCCAAGAGAUGGAAUACCUCGGUACUUACAAUUGUAUUUUUACGAUGCUGAUUAUGAGAUGUCACAUAGACUCCAGAGGAAGAAUAUUAAUAAAGAAAUUGCUAAAAAGUUAAUUCGUGUUCUUGCUACAAACCCAUACAUGAAGACAUUUCGAAGACUUGCUGAUCUAGGACCGCUUGACAAUUACAAAGUCACUUUAAAUGCAUCGGUAGAACUUGAUCAAACGGUAUACAACCGACCAACCACAUCUGAGUCUGGAUGGCAUUAUAAUAUCCCAAGACAUGGAUUUCCCAUCAAUAAUAUUAUUAAUGACGAUGAAGAAUGCGAUGAGGAUUUAGAAGACUCUAAUACAAAAACAGGGCGGAAUACUAUAAGUAUGCGAGAGUACUAUUGCUAUAAGUUUCAAAUCCGGUCAACUUAUAAUGUAAUUUUGCUGGGAGGGAGAUUACUACAACAAUUUGUGGUAGAUAUCUACAUCAAGCUUGAGACUUCACGUUUGGAAUUUUGUAGAAAAAAUCAGUCAAAAAUAAGAGCUGAUUUAUACCAAGGUCUUGUGGACUGUGUUAAUGCUGGUGAGGUUCGACCGACUAUGAUAGGGCAACGUGUUGUGUUGCCUGCAAGUUUCAUCGGAGGCCCCCGUGACAUGCGACGACGAUUUCUUGACGCCAUGACUUUAGUUCAAGAUGAUGGGAAGCCUGGCAUAUUCCUAACAAUGACAUGCAAUCCAAACUGGCCAGAAAUAAAAAAUGAGUUACUCCCUUGGCAGACAGCUCAAGAUCGACCGGACCUUGUGUCAAGAGUUUUUCAUGCUAAGUUAGAGGAUCUUAAGAAACAACUCUUCAAGAAGCACAUCCUUGGUGUGGUGGGCGCACACGUUUAUGUCAUUGAGUUUCAAAAACGCGGUUUGCCACAUGCACAUUUCCUCUUGAUAAUGAUGCCUCCACACAAGCUUACUAAUGCAGACCAGUAUGACAAAAUAGUAUGUGCUGAAAUUCCAGACCCAAAAAGGCAUCCUAAAAUGCACGAACUGGUUGUCUCACACAUGAUACAUGGUCCUUGCGGUAACUUAAAUUCUGAUUGUCCUUGUAUGAAUAAUGCACAAAAGAAAUGUCGUUUUCGAUACCCUCGACAAUUAAACGAAACCACGUUACAAGGAAAUGACUCAUAUCCUGUGUACCGAAGGAGGGAUAAUGGUAUAGAGGUGGAAAUACGAGACCAUAAGAUGGAUAACAGAUAG